GAUAGAGAGAGAAGAUGAGCAUCUUGCUCGCACGGACACAAUCCCCCGUGCGUGCUCUCCCUCUCUCUCUAUCCACGACGGAACAAAAAAAAUAAUAUAAAAAUAAAAAUAGUAUCAAAUUAUGAAUAAUUCCGACCGUCUGAUCUGACCUCCCCGACACCGAGGCGGCUCCCUCGGCGCUCGGAUCUCUAGGCGACGUCGCACCAACACGUGGGUUUCGGUGUCUGAAGACUCUUAUAAUCGCGGCCCUUUUCGCUGUGAAGCGAGGGGGGAAAGGAAGGAGGGGAAGGGAGGAAUCCGGCGAGAGAUCGCCGGAAAAGGAGAGGGUUUGGGGAAUGUUGGCGGCGGAGCGGCCGGAAUGGCUGCCGGAGGGCUGGAAGAUGGUGGUCAAGACGAGCAUGACUGGAGAAAAGGAUGUGUGUUACACAUGUCCGACAUCUUCCUGUACAUUCAAUUCAAAAGAGGAGAUGAUGCGCUAUCUCAAUUGUAAAAGGGCAGAUGGUUACAUAUCCAAACCAACAUCUCAUUUUGGAGAUAACGUGCAUCCACUUGCAGAACAAAUAAAAGAUUUUCCUGAUUGGCUGCCUGCUGGUUGGGGUUUGGAGUUUAAAACUCGCAAGAGUGGCACAAAUGCGGGGCGACAGUACAAGUGCUACAUCGAUCCAGUUACCGGAUAUAAAUUCUAUUCCAAGAAUGAAGUUCUUCGGUAUAUUAAGGAUGGAAUACCUCGCAAUCCCAGAGCCAAACGGAAAAGAAGUGUGGUUACAAGAAUUACUGAACAUACUCGCUCUUCAACUAAUCAGAGAAAAGGCAUCAAGAGAAGCACCAGGGAAAAUCUUAGAUCUCAGAUUGAAUACACUCCAGAUGGGUUGCCUAGUGGCUGGAUAAAAGAAAUUAGAUACAGAAAGUCUACCUCGAGUUGUGGAGCAAAAAGAGACCAGUACUACACUGAUCCAGUAAAUGGAUAUGUAUUCCGGUCGCGAAAAGAUGCCAUUCAGUAUAUUGAAACAGGACAAGUUAGUAAAUAUGCAAUUAAACCAAAGCAUUUAAGUACCAGUGGCUUGUAUACUUCCAAAAAGGAAUCCCAUCCUUCUCCUGCAGCAAGAAGAAUAAAAUCACGAGGAACUGCAGUAAGACGAAGCCUCUUUUCAGAAGGAACACCUGACCUGAAUGUGAAGAUAGUGACCGAGAUCAAGCAGUUGCCUGAAAGACUGUCCUUGCCCCUUCUGGAAUAUCCUUCAGCACAGAAUAUGGAUGGAACUGAUUCUAGUUGCAGGACUUUGUCAAUUGUCAAGGAAUUAGGGAAUUCAAAGGAUGCUCCAAACGACAGAAAGCUCAAUCCAGGAUGCAAUGCAGUGGGAGUAUCAGGACAGACAUUGGAGUCAGAAACAGUUAAUGCUUCAGAGCUGGGAAUUCACAAGUCAUCAGAACCUUUGAACCAUACUACAUCAGAGGCAUUAAACAAAACCCGUGAUGUUCUGUCGCCGAGGAAGCUGGACCUGGUACGUGAGAAUCUCUCUGAAAUGCAAGACAGAGAGCCAGAUGAAGCAGCAGAUAAAAUACCAAGAGAGCUUGAAAUCAUGAGGCCUGUCCAGCAAGGGAAUAUGAGCCUGCCAGCUCUAGAAGUUAAACCGGUGGAAGAAAGAAAAUUGGUUCCAAAGAACGAGGAACAGCUGCAGCCCAAUAAUCGCCGUAGGGGACGUAAGCCUGGCUCAAGGAAAGCGAAAGCUCUGAAAGCAAUGACCAUGCCACUCCGGGCUUCCAAACGUUUGGCUGCGCUAAGAGCUGAUCGCAUGGCCAGUUCUGGAGCUGUUAGCCACUCCAGUGGUGCAAUGGCAAAGUUGUCCCAUCGGCUCCAAGCUCAUCCAACAGCCACCAAGAAAAACAAUCAACAAAAGGAGGUAGCCUUUAUAGACUUGGAAAUUCUGGAAGAGCCAAUAGGCAGGGAGCAUCCUGCUGAACAAGCUGCUCCAGUGAAGCAGGUUUAUCUAGGAGAAUUAAAUGAAGACAAACCGGGAUCCCCUCUCAGAUUACCUUUUGGAGAUUCGUGGCCGGAUCCUUGCAUUGAGUUUGCUUUCAAGACCCUUACAGGUGACAUCCCAGUGCUGGAGGAUACUGCAGCUAUCGAAGAAUAUUUCCAUCAGCACUUGGGCACAGGCAAGAGCCCAGGCCAGCAAGUUUCAGCUUCAUUAACUUUUGGCAACCACAAAAGUUUCAGCCAGGGUGAGUUUUGCGUCCAGCUGCAGCCGCCGGACAAUCAGUUGUCGUCGAGGGAUGACGGAAGGCCGUGCUCGUUUGAGACUGGGCUGCAGGCCAGUCAGAAGGGGAACGAGGAAAGGCAAUGUACUGCUACAGUUAAGCCCGUAAACUAUUCAACUUAAGGUGAAGUGACCAUGUAUAUAGGAACCCAGAUUUGAGGUGUCUUGAACUACGACUCUCCAUUUUGGUGCCCUUGAUAAGGCCAUGUUGUAGAACGGACUGUAAGCCUUGGUAGAUGAAUGAUUUCUCAUGAUCUUUGCACCCUUUGGUUGUGGGUGCAGUCUGGCUUGUGACACCAUAAAUAUUCAAGGUGUGCAACUCAAGAUAAAUCUCUUUCUAGGCUCAUAAACUAUGAUUACCUACU